AUGGAUUGGUUACCAACUUGCAAACCUUGGUUAGGUUGUUCGAUUGUUACAAGAUUUGGCGAUUUUCCUCCCAAAAAGUAUUUUCGCAUGGUGGAAACCCCGUCUGACCCGACCCACCCGACAAUGGCUCUUGACCCGAUCAUAUUGCCGUUGGACGAAAACCCGAUGGCCACGUAUGCAUUUUGGUUAGGUGCUGAUAGCAAAAAGUUCCACACAGAGAGAGAGAGAGAGAGUUACCCUGAGAAUGAAGUUUUGAGAAGGCCAUACAGAGACACAUUGGAGAGAAGUGGUAUCAAAGGGAACAUUAGAGCUUUGGAGGUUGAUGGGAGAAUUACAUGA